AGUUGGAUUUCGUAAACUUUUCGAAUCGCAACAACCACGCGAAAUAUCCUCCCAGGACUCGAAGAUUCAGUCUCCGCCCAACUUCGCGGUUAAAUUGAUUGACCUCUCGUGUUCUCUACGACAAAACAACUCAACACACUCAAGAUGAAGCACCUCGCCGCCUACCUUCUCCUCACCCUUGGUGGCAACACCGCUCCCUCUGCUCAGGAUGUCAAGACUGUUCUUGAGUCCGUCGGCAUUGAGGCUGACGAGGAGCGCCUGAACACGCUCAUCUCUGAGCUCAAGGGCAAGGACAUCAACGAGCUCAUCGCUGAGGGCUCCGGCAAGCUCGCUUCCGUCCCCUCUGGUGGCGCUGGCGGUGCUGCUCCCGCUGCCGGCGGUGCUGCCGCUGCCGCUGCUGACGCCCCCGCUGAUGAGCCCAAGGAGGAGGACAAGGAGGAGUCCGACGAUGACAUGGGAUUCGGUCUGUUCGACUAAACAUCUCUCUCACGCCCCAGAUGACAGGCCCCGUGCCCUUGUCUCAUCAAAGAAGUUACGCAGCAAUCGGCCGACGUUUCUGUAUGUCGUUGACAUGGGGAAAUCUCUCUUGGGUUGGGCUUCGGCACACAUUUGUGUAGGAACACCUGCUAGGUUCGGUCAAAUAAAAGGCUCGCUGGUUCUUUGAAGACGCAUGAUUUG